CAUGAUUAUUGUCUGCUCUUCAGCUGUACCCGUUACAAGUCCGGAAGUGAAUCAGAAUGAUCUCGUGAUGAGCCCAUCCUUGCAUUUUAAUGAUGUUUACAUUACAAUACGAAGAAAGGGAAAAUCGUAGAAAUAUUUCAAUAUAAAACUGUGACUCUACGUUGUGGAACGAAAUAAUAAGUGUGGAAAUGAAGAAAUAGUCGUUUUGGUCAUAUUUGCUGUAUCCAGUUACAAGGAAGUAAAUCAGAAUGAUCUCGUGAUGAGCCUAUCCUUUUCAUUUGAAUACAACACGUCAACACUGCAAUACAAUGAAAGACAAAAAUGAAGAAAUAUUUCAUUAUAAAACUGUGAAUUUACGUUGUGGAACGAAGGAAUUAAUGUUGAAAUCUAGAAAUAGUCGUUUUGGGUCAUAUUUGUUUGAAGUUCAAACAAAGGCUUCACGAUUAAAACCAAACAUUCUUCAUUAAAGUAAGUCAGAGUAUUCACAACAUUAUAUUCUAAAUAAAUUUCUUUUUUGUAAAUGGCUUCACCACCUCAAAAACUGAAGAUUGAGGCAAAUGGAUCUCGUUUAAGUAAAAUUUUGAUAAAUAAAGGAACCCAAGCUUUGAAAACAACAUUGCGAUUUAGUUUUUACUUUCGAUCAUCAAGUUUGAUCAAUGAACUUAAAGAUCUUUCAACAAUGAACAAAUUGACUUUGCUUAAAAACAAAAGGGUCAUCAGUAAAGAGCAAUGGGAGCUUCUUUACCCGCCAAAUGGCUCAUCACCUGACCUUGACAACUUUGACAUCUCAUUAUUGACUGUCUUACUGAGAAAUAUUUGUGGUCUAACAGCGCCAUCUGGAGGAUGGGAUAGUCUUCCUUCCUCUUCAGAUACUUCAAUCUCAGCAAAUAUUGCAAGAAUAAAGUUUUAUCGAAACAAAGUGUACGGUCACAUAACUACAACUAGUGUAAAUGACAGUGAGUUUGAGUACUUGUGGCAGGAAAUUUCAAAAGCAUUGGUUGGUCUUGGUAUUCAACAAACUGAAAUAGAUGAAGUAAAGAAAGCUCCCCUCAGUCCUGAUGAGGCAAAUUAUAUUAAAAUGUUGAAAAAAUGGCAUGAAAAAGAACAACAGUUAAUCGAUGUUGCUGAGAAAACCAACGAAAAUGUAAAAGCAUUAAAAAAAGAUUUUGAAGCUAUGAAAAACAAAGUAGAAGAAAUUAAAGAAAGCAUGCCUACAAAAGUUGAUGUAGUUGAAAUUAAACAAGACAUGGCGACAAAAGCUGAUGUAACCAGAGAAAAAGAAAUGAUACAGGACAAAACAUGCUCAGAUCUCAAGAAGCUUGGAAAGUGUAAGUUUAAUGGUCUUAUAAAAGAUCUUAACAAGAAAUACCUUGAAGGCACUAGACAAUGGUUGUUUGAAAAACUCGACACUUGGUUUAACGAUAAAAGUGAAGAUGCUUCUAAUGUCAUGAUUUUGAUUGCCGGUCCAGGUGUUGGUAAAAGUGUGUUUGCUGCUGAGGUGUGUCGACGAUAUUCUGAAAAGAAAAAACUUGCUGCUUCUCAUUUCUGCAAAUAUAAUAGAUCAGAUUAUAGAAAUCCUCGAAUAUUGAUAGAAUCAUUGGCUAGUAGCAUGUGUGAUACAAUAUCAAAUUUUAAAAGUAAACUGAAUGAAGAAUUACAGAGAAACCAUUCUAAAGAAUCAAUCACCGAUAAAUUCCUUGUUUUAUUAAAUAAUCCAUUGCAUUCAUUGGAAGUUCAUGAAACAAUGCUUUUGGUUAUUGAUGCAUUAGAUGAAAGCCAAGUUGAUGGCAAAAGUGAAUUGUUGGAAUUGAUUGCAGAAGAGUUUGACCGACUGCCUCAAUGGAUUAAAAUCUUCAUCACCAGUCGUCCAGAACUUCCUGUUCAAAAGGAGUUGAAAGUCAUGAAUCCUGUGGAAAUUACAACUCGUCCUCGUAAUGAAAACAACGAAGAAGACCUGCACAAGUAUUUAAGUCAUCAGUUGAAUGAUCGGGUGCAGAAAGAUCGCUACUUUCUAUUGUUCUUAGUUGACAAAUGUGAGGGAUCAUUUCUUUAUGCGUAUCACGCACAACAGAGCUUGAAUAAAGAAAAUAUUGAGCUUACUUACGAAAACAUUCUACAAUUGGUCCCUAGUGGGUUAAGCGGUGUUUACACAAAGCAAUUUAAAAGAGUAAAAGAAUUGUUAACGGAUAAAAGUACCAGAAAUUCUGUUAUCUCAGAAACUACUUUCAUGCAAUUUCUUGAAUUGUUGGCUGCCUGUCGGGAGUUUUUACCAUUAACUUUCCUGUUUAGCUAUUUAGGUUUUUCUGGUGACAUCAAGUUUGAAGUCCGCAGUAAAAUCAUUGAACCGUUAUCUCAAAUUUUGCCAGUUUACGAUGAUUAUUUAACCGUGUAUCACAAAUCUCUGAUUGAUUGGUUGAAAUCAGAUGGUUACGAACAGCAUGAGUUUACAGUUAAUCCAGAAAAUGGUCAUAAGUUCUUAUGGCAUGCUUGUGAGAAAGUGUUUGAACAAAUUAAGUCGAUGAACAUUUUUGAAGAUCAGAUGAACACUGCUAUGAUUAAAUAUGUUUUGGAGAAUGGAGUCCACCAUAUGAUAGAAUGUGGCGAAAAUGUUGACUUUAGUUGGGCAGUAGAUAUCAAAGUGGUUUGUGCGAGGUUAAUGUGUGUGAAAGACAUUUACGUGAAACCCAUUAUGUCUGAAUUGUUUGAAAUCAUUAAGGAGCGGCGUUUUUUCUUGAAAAAAGAUGUACUUGAGGAGCUACUAUUUCAUUUGUUUAUGCGGUCAAUGAGAACGGGAUAUGACUCAUAUAAGUUUAAGGAUAUCUUAUUUUAUUUACAAAUUAUUGCAAACAGAAUUGAUUGCAGUAACGAAAAAAGAUUAUUGGCAAGGGAUUUAUUGAAACAAGGAAAGUUUGUUUGGUUUGAGGAUUUAGACUCAACAUAUUUAACAAACCAUCAUCAUUUGACUGUCUCCUUGCGUGCAAACGUUAUAUCUCUUUGUGUGUCGUCCAAUGAAGAACUUCUUGCUGUAGGAUAUGAAAAUGGUCAAAUAUCUAUUUUUGAACUUCCUGAAUUCGAACAACAAUGCACUCUUGGCACUGCACUCGAUGGUUCAAGGUUGGAUAAAUGGAAUGAUGUAGAUGAUGUAGACAAAUUUAUGUCCCUAUAUGGCAAAUAUUACGAUCCAUUAACAAUGGAAUUAGGUUUUGUAGGUGGAAACAUCUGUUGUUACUCCUUUUCACCAACCGGAAAUAGACUGGUAACUAGUGAUGGAUCUACUGAAGUAAAGUUGUGGGACGUUAACAAUGGACAUUUGUUAUUAUGUUUACAGUCAGAUGAUGUCGUUAAUCGUUGCUCUUUCUUAGAUUCUGGUUUGUUUAUUACAGCAAGAUAUGAUGGAAUUUCUUCUAAAGGUGCGCUCACAGUAUGGAAUUCAUUAACUUUGCAAAGAAUCGAUCGACGCUGCGUUGUUGAAUACCAAAAACUACAAUGCACCGAUAAAUAUUAAGAGUUCUUUGUUGCACAAUUCGUCCAGACUUGGUAUGUUUUUCAAUUCCCAAAGGCAAUCGAUAUUUUUUCAACUAAAAUAAAAAAUUCACUACCUUUACAUUUAAUGAUAACACACCAUUAUCGUGAUUGUAUUUUUCAUCAUACAAGCCAGAAUGGAAAGUUUUCUGAAAUCACUAAGUUGACAAAAUACAACGAUCAAGGAGAAAUCGAGUUUUGUUUACCAAAUGUUGAGUGUCCAUGUGUUGAUAGGGAUCAAAAAAAUGUCCAUCCCAUCUCGUUUAAGGAAUUUUACGGUGUGCCGUAUUUUUCCAAGCUUAAAAUUUUUAAAACUGAUCAUCUUUGGCGACCUUCAUUUAUCUUUGAGAAAUUUGAAAUUAAAUGUUGUUGUUUUUCACCGGAUGGAUCUUUUUUUGCUGCUUUCGCUGUUGGUGACCACGUCAACAUUCAUAUUUGGAGCAUUGAACGUUGCACUAUUAUUCAAACUGUACCAAUGCAACUGAAGGAUGCAUUAGGAUGUUGGUGGUCAGAUGGUUUACUGUGGAUAUGGGAUGGUUCUCAUCAUCUUAAGAAGAUAUCAACUUCGUCUGAAAAUUUUGUAGAUUCUACUAAAGCAAAGCAUGUUAACAUUGGAUUUAAACCUAAGAAAAUCUUAACAUUUGGUGAUGUCUUAGUUUGUAUUGACGAACAAGAUUUUGUUCAAGUUGUUAGAAUUACCAAGGGUGAGAUACAAUACAACAAAAGACUUCCUGUUGAUAGUUCAAAAUUUAAAGCAGCGGCUGUAUCACCUGAUAAUUCUGUUAUUUUAACUGUAAACAAAACAGAAUACACAUUAUGGAAAUGGGGAAAUAACAACAAUGAACUUUACUUGAAACCUUGGCAUACUGCAGAAAUACCCAUAACAGCUGUCAUUGAAAAAUUUGUUCAAGAACAGGAAACUGUAAAUGAUCUAAGGUUCAACUGCUGUAUAAGUGAUAGUAAACAAGCAGUCAUAGCAUUUCGCAAAGGCAUCAAAAUUAUGGUCAUUUAUGUAAUUAAUGUUCACGAGAAUGGUGAUGUGAAUGAGAUUUUGCAUGUCAGUAGAUAUUUUUUUUUCUCCAACCUAGUCGUACACAAAUCUUAUUGCAUAGGAGGGUAUUUGUGGUCAUUGCUUGCUGUAGAUUUAAACAGUGGUGAAGUUUGCUCUGAAUUUAACGAUAAACGUCAUUUAAUGUAUAUUAUGACUAUGCAUCCCAACACUGGAACUUUAGCUAAUGUUGACAACUCAGAUUGUACAAUUCAAUUUUUUAAACUUAAUGCUCCUGAAUAAAUACAUCAACUCAAACUUUAAUAGUAAGUUCAAAACCUUUUGAGAAAAUUGCACAUAGAUGUUGAUGGUCGUAAGGAUGGUUGCUUGUUUCCACCUACUAUAGUUUUCUACAGAAGAAGUAUACUUAUUCUACCAGGCAAUCUUUAAGAAAUUAUCUACAUUUACCAAAAAUAAAUUUGGACCAAUUUUGCAAAAGAUCUUUUAAAUUUAUCGGUACUAUUUCUUGGAAUGUCUUACCUCCUGCUCUUAAAGAAUGUAAAAUAUUAUCUAUGUUUUGCAAUAGUCUGAAUGAUAUAUAAUUGCUUUUUAUAACACAAAUGACUUGUAUUUAAAAAGAUCGCUUCUAUACUAAUUGAUCAUGAAUAUUUGUUUAUUCCUUUCUAAGAUUCUACCUGUAAUCUUCAUAAAUGAAUUGUCAUUUAAACAGGGCAUCCUCUAGAUUAGAUUACUACUGUAAGAUGCUCUGUCAAACUUAUUAUUAUGUAUUGUACCUCUGAACAAAUUUGAUGUUGAUGAUUUACUUUUUAAUAAAAAUGUAUGGUUAGAUAA